AUGUGCAUCUCUGCUUUUAAACCAGGCGCCAUGACCUUGCAAGAUACAUGGGCGCUUAGGUUCCAUUAUAAUCUACGAAAGCAAAAAAGGUCUUUGGGGACAACAGCCGCCAGUGGAACGUUCAACAUCCUUCGUCAGGUGGACAUCCCUGUCAUGACCAACGCUGACUGUGACGCCGUAUAUGACAUCGGCGAUGGCGUCGUCUGCGUCGACAGCACUGGCAGCAGGGCACCUGCAACUGGUAAAUCGAUACCUGAGUGCCAUAUUGCUUCAAAUUCCAGGAAAGAAAACGUGGCAUCCGCCGCCUUCACCCGCGUCCACUACUAUUUGGACUGGAUCGAGGCGAAGACUGGCGUUACACCCUGA